AUGGCUUCCAAGACUUUGAUUCUGUUGGGUCUCUUUGCAUUUCUUCUCGUCGUCUCAGAAAUGGCCGCAGCAUCUGCAAAGCAGUCGGGCACGGUGAACUCAGAGAGUGAGAAAACUGUGGAACCUGAAGGGUAUGGUGAAGGGUAUGGUGGUGGAAGAUACAACAGAGGAGGACGAUACAACAGAGGAGGACGAUACAAGGGAUCUGUAUCCUCUAGAGGAGGAGGAUAUAGUGGAGGUGGAGGACACCACGGCGGUGGAGGAUACUACAACAGAGGUGGAGGAUACAAAGGAGGAAGAGGAGGCCACGGAGCAGAAGCUGUUCAGACUCAGCCUGGUCACUAA